UAAUAAAUAAAAGAAAGAAACCCUUGCCCGCUCAUUUUCUUCCCUCCGGCGCCUUCGUCCCCUCCCUUUCAGCAGCUCAGCGCCGCCGACGCAGCCUUCCUCCGAACGUUUUGGCACUUAUUUUCUACUCUUUAUUACUGCUGAAAAUGGAGGUCGAUUCUGAUGUUACCAAACCACACGAUGAUGCCGGGUGCAAGCCAAUGGAAUCUGAUGAUUUAAAUGCACAUCAAGAUAAGGGUAAAGCUAAAGAGGAGCUUGCUGAUUCAAUUAAGAACUUAAAUAUUGAAGAAUCAUCUAGGCAGGCAGGGUCUUCAGCCACAAACUUCAGGCGAAAACCGGUUAUUAUCAUUGUCAUAGGAAUGGCAGGAAGUGGGAAGACGACCUUUCUUCAUCGUCUGGUGUGCCACACACAGGCAUCAAAUAUCAGGGGUUAUGUAAUGAACCUUGAUCCAGCAGUCAUGACACUACCUUAUGGUGCAAAUAUCGAUAUAAGAGAUACCGUGCGUUACAAGGAAGUGAUGAAGCAAUUUAAUCUUGGGCCCAAUGGAGGAAUUUUGACGUCACUUAACUUGUUUGCUACAAAAUUUGAUGAGGUAAUUGGAGUGAUUGAAAAGCGAGCAGAUCAGCUUGAUUAUGUUCUUGUUGAUACUCCUGGUCAGAUUGAGAUAUUCACAUGGUCUGCAUCUGGAGCCAUCAUUACUGAGGCUUUUGCUUCAACGUUUCCCACUGUAAUUGCUUACGUUGUUGACACACCUCGUUCAUCUAGUCCCGUGACCUUCAUGAGCAACAUGCUUUAUGCCUGUUCUAUCCUCUACAAGACAAGGUUACCCGUUGUGUUGGUUUUCAAUAAAACCGAUGUGGCAAAACAUGAGUUUGCUUUGGAGUGGAUGGAAGACUUUGAAGCAUUUCAAGCUGCAGUCAGUUCGGAUGGUUCUUACACCUCCACAUUAAGUCAAAGUCUUUCCCUUGUGCUUGAUGAGUUCUAUAAGAACCUGAAAUCUGUUGGAGUCUCUGCAGUUUCCGGUUCCGGAGUGGAUUCUUUCUUCAAAGCAAUAGAGUCUAGCGCUGAGGAGUACAUGGAAACCUACAAGGCAGAACUCGACAAGAGAAUUGCCGAGAAGCAGCGAUUAGAGGAAGAGCGUAAACGGGAAAACAUGGAGAAGUUGAGGAAAGAUAUGGAGAGCUCCCAAGGACAAACCGUGGUUUUGAGCACCGGUUUGAAGGACGAGAAGACUAAAACUAAGAUGGUUGAGAACGAAGAUGAAGAGAUUGUCGAUGAAGAUGACGAUGAUUACGAUAGAUUUACCGAAGAGGAGGAUGUCAUCGACGAGGAUGACGAUGAAGAGGUUGGUCGUUUCUCCUUUUAGUAGAGAAACGGACAUGAUUGCUAAUGGGAGAAGUUAUAAUGAAAACUGUGUAUAGGUUUUACCGAGAAACGAGUCACCGGGUCAACCCGAACACGAGAUUCUGGCAUUGUUUUUGACAUUUGGACAAGGUUUCCUUACUAGAUGCUCUUGUGAUACUUGAUUUUGAUGAUGAUUCAUGCCAUCUUGUAGGAUUUUUGGUUUGGAAGCUUGCUUUGUGUGGUUGUAAUGUUGUACAUUUGGAUGGUUUAUGAUGCUAUAUAUAAAAUCAAAUGAUGAGAAUUGAUGCUCC